GAGAUGUGUUUCUAACACGAGACCAUUAAUUUAGACAGGUACCAUGGGAACUAAAGGUCAUGUUCAGGUUAUUAUGUUUUACUUAACCGACACUUAUUCUAGUCAGGUAACAUUUUUUUAUUUUCAAUUAGUUCAUAAACAUAUAUGUUUUUUACAAAAAUGAGAAGUCUUAAAAGAGAUCUGCAGUUUGCAGGUAAAUGUUAAUUAUUUUUGCAUAAACUCUAAAGUCUUUGGGACUGGGUUUGAAAAAGAAAGGUACCAGAAAUUUUAAAGUUCUGUUUUUCUUUCUAUGAAAUUUAGCAGUUGUCACCUCUUGUAAAUUUCAAAGUUUGAGGAAAAAAACUAUAUAAACAAAAAUUUUUUGAGCAUGAAGUUACAGAUACAGUAAAAUGAUAACGUUUUGCUAAAUGACAAAUCAUGGAAUAUUGAGUUUUAAUUAAUAAAACUAGUUAUGAUAGUUUACUUGAGAAGAUAGAGCAAUAACCGCAAUAAAAUAUUUGAAUCGCAUAAUUAUUUAAAAAAAAAUUAAUGAUUUCAAAAAUCAGUGGAGCAACAAACAAGGUAGAAUUUGUAGAAAAAUAUGCAACUUUAAAAUGAUGUCCCAUUGUUGCGGAACAAGACCAAGGGCGGAGCCUUGUAUUACCUCUGAAGUUAAUAAAAACAAAAGAGAGUAUUAUCCAUAAAGUUCAAUUUUAGUUCUGCAAUUAGAAAGGAAUGAUUCAAUAAAUUAACAAAAAUAACUUUCACAGAAAUACUAUGUGAACUUUUGUAGAAGACAAGUAUGUCAAUCUUUUUUAAAGGACUUUGCGUGAUCCAGUUAAUGAAGGUAUACCAUAUUGUACCCUAAAGUCUUUUCCUCAACAGAUAGAACACACAAUUCAAUGGGCAAGAGACAAAUUUAAUAGCUUGUUUACUUAUGAACCAGAAAUUUACAAUAAAUUUUGGGAUAAAAACAAAGACAUGAAUGAAAUAAUUAAGAAAAUUAUUAGAUACCUGAUGGUUUUGUUGUUUCUGCAUCGUUGUUGAAAAAAAGACCUGCAAUCUUUGAAUGCUGUGUUAAAGAAGCCUACCUUUUACUGCUACUUCCAUAAUAAAGUUACAUUUAUUUAAGUUUAUAUUAUUACAAUAUUUAUUUAAGUUAAUUAUUAUUACAUUAUUUGAACCAUUAAUUUCGACAGGUACCGUGGGAACUAAAAGUCAUGUUAAGGUUAUUGUGUUUUACUAAACUGAGACUUAUUCUACGUGAUCCAGUUGAUGAAGAUAUACCAUAUUGUACCUUAAAGUCUUUUCCUCAACAGAUAGAACACACAAUUCAAUGGGCAAGAGACAAAUUUGAUAGCUUGUUUAUUUAUGAACCAGAAGUUUACAAUAAAUUUUGGGAUAAAAACAAAGACAUGAAUGAAAUAAUUAAGUUUAUUAAAAAGAAUUUUGAAGAAAAUCAUCAGAUACCUGAUGGUUUUGUUGUUUCUGCAUCGUUGUUGAAAAAAAAACCUGCAAACUUUGAACGCUGUGUUAAAGAAGCCUACCUCAAGUUUUAUAGCUACUUCCAUAAUAAGGCACUUCAGCUGCUAAAUUCUUUUCCACUUGACACAAAGAUGGCAGAUGGAACUUGGUUUUGGCAGUCUCCAAAAAAGCCACCAUCUCCAAUUCAUUUUGAUCCACAGAACCCAUUGCAUAUUCAGUUUGUCACUAGCUAUGCCAUGUUACUUGCGAAAACGUAUGGAAUCUGGAGUGAGGAUUGUAAAAGUGUUAAGAUCCCAGAUGUCAUCAAAUUAUUUCAGUUGCCAGAGUUUAAUCCAUCACAAAAGAAAGUUAUAAUUGAAGAGAACCAAGACAAAGAGAAUAAAAAUGUAAAUUUGGACAAAGUUGGUGGUCUCAUUCAGUAUUUAAGUUCUUUGAAAGAGUUAGAUGCUUUUUCUUUGUCUGUUGAACAUUUUGAGAAAGACAACGAUAGUAAUAGACAUCUUGAUUUUAUCUAUGCCACAGCUAAUUUACGAGCUACCAUGUAUGGUAUUGAAAAUGUUGAUCGUUAUAAAAUCAAAAGAAUUGCUGGAAGGAUUAUUCCUGCAAUUGCAACAACAACAUCUGUUGCAGCAGGCCUAGCAACUCUUGAACUAUUAAAAGUUGUUGCUGGUUGUUCUAGAGAAAGUUUAAAGAAUUGUUUUCUGAAUUUGGCCGUACCUUUAAUGGUUUUAUCUGAACCAGCACCAGCUCCUAAAAUAAAAAUAAUAAACGAUGUUCAGUUUACAUGUUGGGACAGAUGGGCGAUUCAUGGACAUAAAGAUUAUCGGCUAAAAGAUUUUGUUACUUAUUUAAAAAAAAAAUGCGGAUUAACAGUCAACAUGGUAUGUCAAGGUUUAAAGAUGAUAUAUAUUCCAUUUAUGCCUGGUCAUCCAAAACGCCUUAAUAACUUGAUGACUGAUCUGCUGAAACCUAGUAAAGACACAGCAUAUAUUGAUUUGAUUGUUGCAUUUCAGGAUCCAGAAUUAAGUUCUGAAAGCGAUCUACCCUCCCCCCUAGUUCGAUAUUAUUUUUUGUAAAUCCUAGUUUUAUUAAAAUGCGUACUUUGA